GACACCCGCUCUGUUUGAUACCACAAGCACUAAGCCAUCUCCUUUGACGAAACAGGUAUGGCAAUAUCUACUGUCACGCAAUGCCUCCUAUUGCUGCUUUACUACUCCUACGUACCACCGAUAGUAGCAGAUCCCUCUCCUCGCCCAGAACUACCUCACAAGACGAGCCAAGAAUUGCCAUACAAUGCGGAGCUACGCAGCUUCCCAAAUGAUCGUCUGUAUCGCGCCUACCACGUAAUCCAGCGUUUCAAAAGCACCAUUACCGCUGAUCCCAAGAACACCACCGCCACUUGGACUGGAUAUGACAUCUGCGGCAAUACGACCUACCUCGGCUUCUUCUGCUUGACACCUACGGGGAGAGCUGAGGAUCUUACAGUCGCUGGGAUCAUUUGGAACGGCUAUGGUCUGCGUGCGCCCACGCUGCAAGGCUUCAUCGAUAAGCUCCCAGAUCUUGCAUUUUUUCAUUCUGCCUCUAACUACUUUACCGGCGAUGUACCCCAUCUCGACAGCCUCCCGUACUUGUACAAUCUCGAUGUCGAUAAGGAGGACAUCCCAGUUCAUCCUAACAGUGCUAAUUUCUAUACUGACUCUACUAUUCACGGUGGUGGUAGAUGUAUUAAUGGCGAUAUUCAUUUAAGAAUAAACGUCACCUUGGACCCUCAUAUGAAGCGAUGGGGCUGGGGCAUGAUUCCGGCCGGUGCCACCAGUGCUAGGGCUCUCCUUCUCAACUACAACGACCUGUCAGGCGCACUUCCGGCGAACAUUGGCUUCUCCAAAUUGAGCUACUUCGCCCUCGCCAACAACAAGCUCACCGGCCCAAUCCCGUCAUCAAUCGGGCAAGCAAAAGACACCCUCUUCGAGCUCCUCCUCCUCAACAACCAGCUCUCCGGCUGCCUCCCACACGAGCUGGGCAUGCUCACCAAAACCACGGUCAUCGACGCCGGGAAGAACCAGCUCACGGGCCCGAUCCCGCCAUCCUUCUCCUGCCUCAGCAGCGUCGAGCAGCUCAAUCUGGGCGAGAACCGCCUCUACGGCCAGGUCCCCGACGCGCUCUGCAAGCUCGGCCGCCUCGCCAACCUCACGCUGGCGGGCAACUACUUCUCCUCGGUCGGGCCGGCGUGCUCGGCGCUGAUCAAGGAAGGCGUGCUGGACGUAAAGAGGAACUGCAUCCCCGGCCUCGCCAACCAGAGGGCGCCCGCGGAGUGCACCUCGUUCAUGAGCCAGCCCAAGGCGUCCUGCCCUGCCGCGAGCGCUCCCGUGUCCUGCCCUGCCGAAGCUGCCGCGGACGCCAAGAAGAUGGCGCCGGAGGGGAGGGCGGCCGCCAAGGACUACGCAAGCUACGUGACGUACGCCACUCUCCAUGAGUGAGCUAGGCGCCACGUAGUGCGUACGGCUUGUCGGCGUGGCGCAUGCAUGCGCUAGGGGACGCCGUGCCUCGUCGCUGGAGUAAUUUGUUUGCUAUUGUAUUCAUUUUUCUUGUAUUUGUUCGGUUGGUGUGUGUGCGCGCGCGCGCACGUGAUCGUUAUUUGUUUUUCUCUUCACGUGUGGAUGUCACGUCUAGAUCUUGCCCUCUUGUACGUACUGUACUGCCAUGCACGUCUGUUGUGUGGUGGCAAUUAAUUUGGAUCGUAUCUUGCUUUGUUCUUUCACGAUGUCUUGAAAUUAUGUGAAGUUCUUA